AUGAUUCCAGCGAUCAUUCUCCUUCCCUUUCUAGGGAUAGUGUUUGGCAAUCCCUUGAUUCCCCGCGCUACUCCAUCCGAGCUGAUCAGCUCCCCAGUGCCCUCGUCCGGUUCGAUCACUCUAUCGGUUCCCUCGGCUGAAUCGACCUGCUAUACCAGCAGCCAAUGGCUUAUUAUUUCUAACACGAGCAUCUUCUGGCCGACCUCCACUGACUACUUCUAUGGCCCGACCACUGGACCCGGUGCAUCCGAUGUGAUCUGUGCAGCAAAAUGGAUACAAUACCGUGGUCGGUCAUUGGGGCUUCUUGGUCUGGGCCCAACUGCGACUUCUACCGUGACUAUAUUAUCUACAACCAGUACCGGCGCAUGCUGGUCAAGGGUUGGUCCAGAGAUAUACAGCGAUACACACACUGGACCACUAACAACCCUAUGCGAUGGGUACCCUCGGGCUCUCGGCCCGCGAGAAACCGCAACAGAGUACUACCCUGGGACCGGACCGUGCAGCACCUCCAGUUAUCCGCGCAACCACACCACUACGCUUUAUAUAGAGCCAUCGGCCUCACCAACGUGCCGACCCCAGUCAGAGGGAUGCAUACCGGCCUGGCAAACGUAUAAAAGCCUCUCCAGCGAGUACCACGCAUCCAUCACGUCCCCCAUCCCAGGUGACACUAGGAGUCCCUUACCGCCAAACGACUGCCCGAACACUCCACGGGAAUAUCCCGAGGAUGAUCCCUGUACAGAUUGUCACUUCCUACCUGGCACGGCGACGAUGUACUACUGGCCUGUCACAACAGCUAAUGGAGACCUGUGCGCUCAGAACGGGACGACUAUCCCCGCCACGGCAACAGGCGAUGGCCCCAAUACCGCCAUAUUGGACGACCACACCCUCGUCUCUCCCAGUAUCUAUCUAUCGUUCACCUCCAUCCGCGGUUGGAGCAACCGUCGCCACGGUCACCAGUGCGGCGCCAGUCACUACAACGAGAUGAUCUCCGUCCACCCAACGGCCAUCUCGUCUCGCCGUGGCCAUCGCAACGCCCGGUACCCCAUCAUUGGGACCGCGUUCCCGUUCAACUUCGCCGAGUUCCUUCCCCAGACUCUCGGUAACUACACACAAUCGGUGAUCCCCUGGCCCCAGUAUCGAGGUGGCGGCCAGUGUCCCGUGUACGAUCCUUCGUGUACUAUGGUUCGAGAUGAUUAUGUUCCCUUUAUUGAUAUGCCGGAUGAGGUGACGAGUAUUGAUUCUCACUGGAAGAACUGUGACCGGAGUUGGUUUAUCCCGGCUGUUACCCUGGUGCCCAUUAUUGAUGGCACCGCCAUUGCUCCUACGCCCACCGGAGAGCCGGAGGCGAUGGCCACCGAGGCAGAUGCUGCUCCGCAGGGAUUUAUGGCCGCGCCAACGCCAACGCCGACAUCUGAGCCGGGGUGGUGA